AUGUUCCAGCUUCCAGCACCUGAGAGGCGUGUCCUAUCAUUACACACAACUCUAGGCUCAGACCCAGUAGAGCUCAAGUGUUCUACACUAUACUAUCCCGUCUCCUGCGCCAAAGACGGUCUCACACUUGUGUUCACACACGGAAUUGCUGGUCACAAGGAACAGUACGACCCUACUAUCGCUCGCCUGCUUUCGCGCGCUCAAACUCGCGCUACGAUUCGAGAUAUAUGGGUGCUUGACUUCCCCAAUCAUGGUCAAACGGCACUUCUCAACCGCCCCGUGCUUGAUGCCCGCAAGGCAGCUGGGAAGUCGAUGUGUACAACGAAAGAUAUCGCGCUCUACCUCCGAGCCUUCCUCUCCACUCCCUCUCUUAAAUCCAGCACUGUCGUAGGAAUCGCUCAUUCUGGGAGUUGCACGCUCUGGAUAUUGGCGCUCACAUCCAUACCCCCUUCUCUUACACCCUUUGCUCUCAUAAUGGUCGAACCUACAUUGAUGUUCCCUUCUCUCACUCCGACUGACUCUCGCUCCAUCCACGGAGCCGCGAACGUCCGAGGGUCACUUGCUAAACGCGAUCGUUGGACAGAUAGGGAAGCGUUGACGAGGUGGUUGGUGGGUGGGAAAGGCGUUUGGAGGAAAUGGGAUAAGAGGGUUGUAGAUGAUUAUGUGAGGUAUGGAUUUGAGGAGGUGAAUGAGUCGCACCUUGGUACGGGGAAGAAGAGUUAUGUUACACCUACAUUGAGAAAAGACGAGGAGAGCCCGUUGUAUGCGUGUUUAUCGCAUACGGUGGAGACCGAGUCUCUUGGGCGUGCAUGUAGGGCGGUGGAGGAGGCUGGGAGGGGAGUUCAUGUCGUCUGGGCUGAUUUUGAGGAGUUUAUAUCUAAAGAGUCGAGGAAAGAAAUUUUAGACGCUGCGGAGCACAGGGUGGUGUCUCAGCGGACUAUCAAGGGGGCAGGACAUUUGAUUCCGCAAGAGAAACCAGACGAACUUGGAGAGGCACUCGUAGAAAUACUGGAUGAGAUUGUGAAUGAUUCGGGGAACGCGAAGGCGAAGAUGUAG